CGCCCCGCCCCGCCCGGCCUGGGUAUAAAAGGCCCCCGGCCGCCACCAGCCUCAUCCACCGGCACCUGCUCUCCACCCUCACAUCCACGCCCACCACCUCCUCUCCUCCCGCCGCCAUGACCCGCUUCUUCUGCUGUGGCAGCUACUUCCCCGGCUACCCCUGCUACGGCACCAACUUCCACCGCACCUACCGGGCCACCCCCCUCAACUGCGUGGUGCCCCUGGGGUCCCCACUCAACUACGGGCACGGCUGCACCGGCUACGGCUCCCUCGGCUACAGCUUCGGCGGCAGCAACUUCGGGAACCUGGGCUGCGGCUACGGCGGCAGCUGCUGGCGGCCCUGGGGCUCCGGCUCCGGCUUCGGCUACAGCACCUACUGAGGCCCGGCCGGCACCCGGGACGCAGGGCCCCCGCAGAGCGAGGCCGUGCCCGCCUCGGAGCUGCCGGGAGAGUCCGCCCGUCUCUGUGACCGCGCCGAGGCCUGGUCUCCGAGGACGCUGAGCCGGCACCGG